GAUAAGUUCAAUCAUAAUGUGACAGUGCACCUGAAGAAUUGGAUAUUUAGACAAAUUAUUGAGGGGAAAAUCAAAAAAACUCUGGUCUUCUUGACAUUCUACACUGUAAAUUCAAUGAAUUAUUGAUAGUACGCAACGGAUUACUGUUUGUUUGCUGAAAAUCAUUUGAGUUAUUACAUAUCAGACAUUGAUACUUGUGAGUGAAGACGAAAGGAAUAAACAUAUAUUAUACAUUUCUUUCUGUCAACAAAUGCUCACAGUCAAAUGUAUAGAUGUUAAAGAGGAAUGACCGCACACUUCAGCUCUCAUGUUUUCAUGGACACAUGUAAUCAUUAUACUCAUAGAGAUCUCAGACGAGUCAAAACCGCAGAGUACAUGGAAAAGAAAGAUCAGAUUGACAUGGAGAUGAAAAUUCAGCCAUAUGACAUGGAAACUGAUAGAUGUAGUAGUACAGUCAACGAUAAAUUAACCCUUCAGAUAAACAGUAAACCAUGGGAUUCUACAGAUGCAAGAAUCGAUCCUUAUCCAUGUGAUCUUGACUUAGAAUUAUGUAACCAGUCAAACUAUUUGGAUGUAUACGGUCCCAAUCGGUGUUUAGAUUAUAAGAAAGUGUUAUGUAGUACUUCUAGGGAAUAUAAACAGUUUCUUGCACCACCGCCACCACCCCAGGAAUGUACACAGCGUAGAACUUCACUCCAUGGCAAAACAAUAACUAUACGCAUCAGUCGCAAUGAAACCAGAUAUCGAAAGUUGCAAGCUAAAAUUUAUAAUUUUCUUGAAAGGCCUAAGACAUGGCCAUCUGUGAUAUAUCACGUGAUUGUAUUCGCCUCCGUAUUCGGGUGUCUUGUUUUGAGUGUGCUAUCUACAAUCCAUGAGUAUACUGAAUCCGCUGGACGAAUUUUAUUGUAUAUGGAACUUGUAAUACUUUUUUGGUUUUUUGCUGAAUAUUGCCUACGUUUAUGGAGUGCUGGGUGUAGAUCCAGAUAUCAGACAUGGCGUGGAAGAUUAAAUUUUGCCAGAAGACCGUUUUGUAUUGUAGAUGUCAUUGUGAUUGUUGCGAGUGUUAUUGUUCUGGCAGUGGAUAGUGACAGGAAUAUGUUUGCAGCCAGUGCACUUAGAGGAUUGAGAUUCUUCCAGAUUUUACGAAUGAUACGUAUGGAUCGUAGGGGUGGUUCUUUUAAAUUGCUAGCAUCUGUUGUUUGGGCGCAUAGACAGGAAUUAUUCACAACUGUAUAUAUUGGAUUUCUAGGUCUUAUAUUCAGUUCAUUCUUGAUAUUCUUAGUAGAGAAAAAGGAGAAUGAAAAGAUCCGCACAUAUGCAGAUGCUUUGUGGUGGGGAGUAAUAACCCUUUGUACAGUCGGUUACGGAGAUACAGUACCUAAAACAUGGAUGGGGAAAAUUAUUGCAGCAUUUUGUGCAUUGGCUGGUAUCUCAUUUUUCGCCCUACCUGCUGGUAUAUUGGGCAGCGGUUUUGCUCUUAAAGUACAACAACAUCAAAGGCAAAAACAUUUAAUUCGACGAAGAGUACCAGCUGCUACAUUAAUUCAGUGUUUGUGGCGAUGUUAUGCUGCUGACCCUCACUCUUCGUCUUCGGCAACGUGGAAAAUUCACAUGAGACCUUUACGAAAACCUGUUGGCUUGACAAAUUCUUAUUCUAUGAUUGAACGCAGUGGAUUUUCUCGAUUUAGUCGGUUUUCAACACUGAAACGACGUUCCGAGAAGAUUCCUUCUGGUACAAAUAUAAAUGUAAACAACACAGCACCUUCCUUAUCCUCAGAUGAACCAAAUGCUGGAACACCAAGAUCUGCUCCAGCUAAACAUGAAUGUUCAGAUGUCAUUUACAAUUUUGUACACAAUGAAGAGGCUGAAAAGAUGAAGCACAUUCAAGAAGCUCUCGACAGUGAAAAAAUACAGGAUUCAUUGGAGAAAGGAGCUGAUGAAUUGCUGACAGCAUAUAGUAAAGCACAAAUUACAAAUGAUACAAAAAAUGCAACUGAUCUGUUACCUUCAGGUCCCAGCGAGUAUGUAAAUAUAUCAAAACGAAGAGGUCAAUUAACUUCAUAUGGCCACAGUUAUCCAUAUCAUACUACGUUUCAGCAAGAUUCAGUUUUAUGUUCAUCUCGGGGAUCUGAGGUUAUCCUGCAUCCGUUAACAGAGAAGGAAAAAGUAGCUGUACGUGUUAUUCGUAAACUGCGAUUUCUUGUGGCACGCAGGAAGUUUCGUGAGGCUCUUCGACCGUAUGAUGUAAAAGAUGUUAUUGAACAGUAUUCAGCUGGACAUGUCGAUAUGCUGGCUCGUGUAAAAACAUUACAAGCAAGAUUGGAUCAGAUUCUGGGGCGUCCUGGAUCAAAAAGUGACGAUGUCUAUGAUUCACAUCAGUGUUUGGCUUCAAGAAUUGUGAAAAUUGAACAUAAGAUUGAUACAGUUGAAAUGAAACUCGAUAGACUGAUUACUUUGUACAAAGCUGACCGUUUAUUAAAAUACCAUAACCAUUUGGAAACUAGUGAUCCCAUCGAAAAACAUUCUGCCCGAAGUAGAGAAAAGAGUGUACAAGAAAAAUAUGUCCAGUACUAUAAUCCUUCACGCGCGUCAAAUAAACAUGAAGGAAGUGAUACAAUGAUUUCAACCGAAGAACAACAAUCACAACCGUUAGGAAAUGAUAGAUAUGUGAUAAAUAAUAGACCAUAUAUUAGAUUCACUAAACGGAGAUUACCUACAUCUGAACGAAGUUCACUGGUUGUCAAUUCUUCACUAGCCUUAGCCAAUGAAACAUGGAGAAGUUUUGAUUCCGAAACCCCUGUCAUGAGUGCAUCCUUUCAGGACAAACCUAAAGAUGAGGUGAAUGAAACUUCCCACAGUCGUCAUGAUCAUAACAUGCAUUUAAAAUCGCAAUUUUUAUCUAAUGCCGAUGAGCUCCCAUCAAAACUUAAGCAUAUCUAUGCUCUUCAGUCAGCAUCAUCGGGUAAUAUAGUUCCAGGUAGAGGCACACUUUCUACUUCUUCAGAAAGCUGUCUAAAAACCGUUGAGGGUAAUGAUAACCUUCCGAGAAGUAAGCCACGGAAAAAUACGAAGCCUGAACAUGAUGGCAAAGUAAAUCGUCAGAAACUGUCCAACGAUCCAGAAGUUUUAUUACACACUUGUAAUUUUACAGAGAGUAUCGAUUUAAUUAAAAUGCUAGAUCCACACCCUUCACCUUCUAGACCAAGUAUAGGCAGGCAAGAAGAGAUUCCUUCCACUGCAGACCAUAGGUUUCUUGAUGAUGAUAAGAACUGCUUACUAGGUUCAAAUGAUAUUAUUUCAGAAAGUGUAAAAAAUGUUCAAGACAACGAAGAUGAAUAGGUUGUUCGUAACAGUAUUUAAGUUGUUAUAUUUUUAGCUAAUCUAAAGUAAACACGAAUUUCUUUAUCUUAUUUUCAUUUUUUACGAAUGGAACUGUAACUACUUCAACUUCAGUAACUGGAAAGCUUUGAAGUUGAUCAUAGGGAAAACAUUUUUUGUGUAGAUUUUUGUAGUUGACAGACACCAUUUUGUGAUAUUUUUGUUCCUCUUUAUACAAGAAUUUUAUUUCUUGAUUAUUUGCAUUUUUCCGUAAUUUUUUCAGUCUAUUUACUUUUUGUGUAUCUUUGUUUUCCAGUUGUAAUAGUAAAAUAUUUUCUCAACUUAAAGCCUCACUACUCCUUAAAACUGACUGUAUACUAAAGUCCUUAUCUCCUAUUUCUCUCUAAUCGAAGUAAAAUCUUCAAUUAUUUCUUUUAAGAAAUCACUAUGGGACAAGAAAACAUUCUUUUUUCAUCUCAACAUGUUUCAUUAUAAAUACUGUUAGAUCAGCAGCAAAAAUGUGUAAAUAAACUCAUAAAAGUGUAUGACAAAGUGGAUUUUUCACAUUCUUGCAUUUCAGUGAUACCAAGAUAUUUAUCUUCAGCUUUAUGAUAGUAACCACUGAAAAUCAGAAAGGUAAAAGUAGUCGUAGUUAAAAAAUAUAAAAAUACUGUCUACACCUAG